UUGAAAUUUAAUUCACAGAAUAUUCUUAUUUUCUCGUUAAAUAAUUAAUUGAAUGUUUAAGAAAUAGACUAAUGUGACAGAAAGAAGUUAAGAAUUAAUAACUAGUGUAGUCGUUUACAAAUUAUGCCAAGAAUUGUUGACGAAAAGGGAAAACAGACGAAACUUUCCAAUUUUUUUAGCGCGCGAAUUAAAAAUGAUGAUCCUGAAGUUACUAUCAUUAAUUCUGACGUAAAUAUCAUUAAAACUAAGCCCCCAAAUCCAUUCAAAUUGCGUAAAUCCGUAACAAAUACAGCAAUAGACAUUUCAUCUGAUGAUGACAAAACUCCAAAGAAGGAUAAGAAUCAUAUAAAUAGCAAUGAUAUUAAAGAGAAUCUAGUUAAACUAUCAAAUGAAAUGGAUGACAAGAAGCCAUUAACUUCGAAAUUUAUUUUCAAGAUAAAAUCCAAUUUAAAUUCACCAAGUACGCAACCUAUAAAAGAUCCUGCCAGUUCCAACACUGCAAAAAGUACAGUUGAUUUGACAAAAACCCAAAGCAUAUCAAGGAACAUCUUGAAGCCUAAGGAACUUCAUGAGAAAGCAAAAACUCAGUUUUCUUAUAUUGAUGAUGAUAGUUUGGAUGAUAUUCUGCCAUUGUCGAAAAAGGAACCAAAUGAAAUCAAGCCACAGCCAUUAUUUAAAAUAAAUUCAAAGCCAGCUAAAACAGUACUCAAACCAAGUUCUACAUCAUUUAAUUUAAAGCCACAAACCACAUCAACACAAAUUGUUGAAAAGACAUUUCAAGAUGAACGUGACAAACAUGUUUUCAUCCCAAAAGCGCAAAAUGUUAUAAAACCACAAGCUACAUCAACACAAAAAUUUACUGACUAUAUUGAUGAAAUUAAUAAGUCACUUUCCAGUAGCUCUGAAAAUAAUUCUACAAAUGAACUUCCAGCAUCGCCAUCAUCCAGUAAAUUUACUUUUAGAAAGUCGAGAGCCAGUUUACCAAAUCAGUCUUCCUCAGAAAAUAACAGCCAGGAAAGUGCAGUAGGAAGGAAAACCAGUCAGGAAAGUCUUAAAUUUAUUGAUCAGCUUUCAUCAGCUAUUACUUCUCUUAAGGAAAAUGGCUCACCGAUUAAAAUUAACAAAGUAAAGGAAGAGUUUGUCGACUUAAAUACCUCAACACCAGAAAUAAAAGCAGUCAGCAAAUUAAAUUUUUGCAAGGAUGUCAUAAAACUGCCUGAAAGUCCUACUAGCAAAGUGACAAUUUCGAAAUUAAAUUUAAAAGUUGAAGCGGAUGAAAUAAUUUCGGAAAUAGACACAACAUCGAUGUCAUUGUACAAUUUUGAUUUGCAGCAUAUUAAGGAUGAAAAAUUAAGAUAUUUGGAAUAUUACUACAAUGCUCACAGCAACGCUCCUUUAUCAAUUUUUGAGUCAGUAAAGGAUUACAAUAAGACAUUAACAAUUAAAUUAAAAGGAGUAAUUCAGUCUCUUGAUCGUAGACAAAAGCUGAAAGAAAAUGAAGAACCUGUAACUCGAAAAUCAGAUAGUGUAUUACUUAAACCCAAACAAUUUAAAAAUGAAGAUAUUCGAAGAUCUGAUAAUGUGCCUAUAAAGUCUGAUAAUUUCAAACCACGAGAAUCUACCCAAAAUCGUGUUGAUUCAUUGAAAAAUUAUAAUUAUCAGCCACCAAAAUAUUCAUACGACGAUGAUGAUGAUCAGUUUGACAUUGAUCAAAUUAUGGAUGAUAUUGAAGAUGAGAGGAAGAGAACUGAUGGUAAAUUUAAUAAUAGCUAUGUAGAUAUUCGUGCCACAUCCUCAACAUUAUCAAAUAAUGCCAAAUUUGAGCCUCGAAUUAAUAUGAAAAAUAAUAUUCCGACAAAGGAAACGCUUGCGAACAUUUAUGAUGAGCAUUUGGAUGAUGAUGGAUUUCCAAUCAUCGAUUAUAGCCAACUUGUUGAUGUUCCUUCAACUCCAAAACCAUCUACAUCCAAACAGUCUUCAAGUAAUAAUGACAAUAGUAAUAAAACUAAAAAGGACACUGUUGAUUCAAUGGUUCCUGAUAAUAUUUCGGAUAUAUCCAUCAAAACGACAUUUUCACUUGGAAAGUUCAACACAAAUAUUAGGAAUGAUGGAAUUACUGGCGAAUUUGAUAAUGAAAAUUAUGAAUUUUCAAGGGAUUUAAGGAAUGCUUUCCGAUUAAAAUUCGGUUUGAAGCAAUUUAGACAGAAUCAGUUGCCAGCAAUUAAUGCUACAUUACUUGGAAAAGAUUGCUUUAUUUUGAUGCCAACGGGUGGUGGUAAAUCAUUAUGUUAUCAAUUAACUGCUGUUAUGGGUAGAGGAGUUACUAUUGUCAUUAGUCCUUUGAAAAGUUUAAUUUUGGAUCAAGUUAACAAGCUUAAGUCACUCGAUAUAAAAGCAGCAGCACUGUCAGGAGAUAUAUCUCAAAAUGAUUCAAGGUUAAUUUACAGCGAUUUAAACCAAAUGCAUCCAACGAUCAAGCUUCUUUAUGUCACACCUGAGAAGAUUUCUGCUUCAUCAUUCUUCCAAGAUACUUUAACAUCACUUUAUUCUCGAGACAAUCUUACGCGUAUCGUCAUUGAUGAAGCUCAUUGUGUCAGUACAUGGGGACACGAUUUUAGACCAGAUUAUAAAAGACUUGGAGAAUUAAAGAGAAGAUUUCCAAACGUUCCUGUUAUGGCUUUAACGGCAACAGCAACUGAACGUGUUCGCACUGAUGUCAAGCAUCAAUUAGGAAUACAAAACUGUAAAUUGUUCCUUUCAAGCUUUAAUCGAUCGAAUUUAAAAUACAUUGUGUCACCUAAAGCUGGCGCUAAAACACUACAGGAUAUAAUAUGCUUAAUUAAGUCUAAAUUCCCUCGAGCUAGUGGAAUUAUUUACUGUCUGUCUCGUAAAGAUUGUGAUACAAUGGCACAAAAAUUACAACUUGCAAAUAUUUCUGCAAUUAGUUAUCAUGCUGGCAUGAGUGAUAAGAAUCGUGAAAAGGCACAAGAAGACUGGAUUACUGAUAAGUUUCGUGUCGUUUGUGCAACAAUCGCAUUUGGUAUGGGAAUUGAUAAGCCUGAUGUACGUUUUGUGAUUCAUUAUUCACUGCCGAAAAGUAUUGAGGGAUAUUAUCAAGAAUCAGGACGUGCUGGUCGUGAUGGAGGAUUGUCAACAUGCAUUCUGUAUUACUCUUAUGCUGAUAAGAUGCGUUAUGUCGGGAUGAUGGCAAAUGAACCACAAGCUGUUAAACAAGUAUCAAUGAAUAAUCUCGAUCUAGUUGUUAAUUUCUGCGAAAAUAUGCUGGACUGUAGACGAGUAUUACAGCUUAAUUAUUUUGGUGAACAUUUUACAAGAGAGCAAUGCUUAGAGAAUCGACAAUCAGCUUGUGACAAUUGUACAAGAGUAUUACAGUAUAAAACUAUGGAUGUUACAGACAUUGCUAAAAAUAUUGUCGCGACUGUUGCUGAAAUUUGUUCGAGACAUGGUCUUACAAUUCUUCAAUUAGUGGAUGUCUUUAAAGGAGCAUUAACAAAGAAAAUAACUGAUGCAGGUCACCAAAUGGCAAAAGGACAUGGUUCUUUAAAGCAAUGGGAACGAAAUGACAUCCAAAGAAUUCUUCACAAAUUAGUCAUCGAGAAUUAUUUACGAGAAGAAAUUACAGUCAUUAAAGACAUUCCAAUAUCUUAUGUUAAAGUUGGAAAAAAUGUUGCACAGUUAAUGGCUAAUAAUAAGAAAAUUGAGUUUGCAAUUAUUGAGAAAAAAUUCGGAAUUGCUACAUCUAAGAAAGCUGACGUUCCAGUCAGACGAUCUAGUAGUGACGAAGAAUUUAAUAAUAAAAUCAGUGCAUUACGUGAUAGAUGUUAUCAUGAUCUUAUGGAUAUUGCACGAUCAAUUGCUGAUGAACGAAACUUGACAAUUCAGCAAGUCAUCAACAUGGAAGCUUUACGACAAAUGUCAAUUCAAAUGCCAGAAACAGAAGAGGACAUGCUUCAAAUUCCUCAUAUCACAAAAGCCAAUUACGAAAAAUAUGGCAAAAAGUUUUUGGAUGCAAUUGUUCCUUAUUCAGCACAACAAAGUGCCUAUGAAAUGGAUCGUGCUGAAGAAAAUGCAAAUCUCAAUCAAGGAAAUAAUAAUUAUAUGAAUGGAAGUGACGAUGAAUAUGCAAAUUCACAAGAUUGGGAGCAGUUAGGCAGAGAAGCAUCAACAAGUGGAACUCAAAAAGGAUAUAAAAGAAAGUCUAGUUCCAAUUGGGGCAAAUCAAUCACAAAGAAAUACAAAAGAUCGAAAAGCGGAGCUAAAAGGAAGGGAAAAUCGCCUGUCAAGAGACAAAAUUCAGGAAGUGCAGCAAAGAAAAAGGUUUUUAAGGGAUUAAUGCCUACUCCUCGACCAACAUUUUAAGAGAAUCAAUUUGAUUCAACUAGAGCGAAGGGGUAAAAAUUAAACUAGAUUUUAAGUUUUUUUUACAAUUUUUUUUAAAUUCGCAAAUUAAGCUUAAAAUAAAAAUGUCAUUUAAACAUACAGUAUUUGACUACUCUUAA